AUGGCUCCCAACAAGAAGAAGAGCAAGACGCUAUGUCUUCGUUGCCCAAAGGACGAAGAAUUGGCUGCCAACAACCACGGGGCGAACCUCAGCAAAUGUCUCAAGGAAUUCCCUCUCGACAGGAAGAAGAAUCUCAAGGUCCUCUGGCCAGACUUUUCAGCUGGCGACGUCCCUCCGGCUUUGGAUUUCAGCGAUGAGCAGGUCUGCAAGGACCUCAUCGCUGAGGCUCAUGCUCUUGAUGCUGACGCUAGAUCUGGUGCUACCUUCCAAGGUCAUUCAAUCAACAGGUCUAUGCUGGAGGCUGCUGCUUCGAAGGCUUAUCCUGCGGCUGAGAAAAAGAACAACAAGGGCAAGCUACCGAAUGCACCAGCGCCAAGUGCUCCUGUUGCAUCGUCUUCUGGUCCAGCUCCGAUGGUUUUGCCUAUCCGUCCGGCUGCUGCUCCAGUAGCGGCUCCUGCUCCAGUCAUGGCUUCUCCAGCGCCUACAAUGCCUGCUCCAGCUCCAUUGCCAACUCUUGCUGCACCAUCUGCACCAGCUGUGACCACCGCACCAUUCACCCAGGUUACUCCAGGAGUUGUUGGACCGCCAACCGCAGCUCGUUUUGUUCCAGCCAAUGCAGCGAAUGUGGUCCAGGUCACGAACACGGCAUCCAGUGUUCCGAUCAUAGCACCAGCUGACACUGCUGAAGCUACGAGCGUCACGCUCAAGAAUGUCACCAACAUCUCGCCAGUUCCAUAUGUCAACAAAUUGGCUCAUCGUGAACUCGAGACUGGACUAAGCAAUGGUCGUAUCGUCAUCCACACCAAAGGUGGCGCCGAGCCAAACGACACACAGAAGAAACCUGAGCUCAACAAGAUUGCUCACAAGCUGGGUCUUCGCACUGCAUAUGCUCAAAAAGGCAGUAAAGGCAAAGUUCUCACCAAUCAUCUCAAAUUCACACCUCCGAAGCAGAUCAUCGUAUAUUCUGUGGAGAUGCGGCGAGGGUUCAAUCAGCACAAUGAACCGAUCUAUAUCAAGAGACAAUGGGACCAAAAGAAAGUCAUCGAGACUUUAUCCCAAAAUGACGGGCUGUGGGCUGCGCAGAUUCAAGCCAACGCCAAUGCUUGGGUGACGGAUGGAGACUUGAUCUGGUCUACAGUACCACUAUUCCAUGCCACUGAUCCCACCCACGUCCCUCAGCCAUUGCAGGGUCCAGACCCUGGUCUACAGUACGACAACGAAAUGGGGCAGACACUCGAUGUUGAGCGUGUGACUGUGAGCCACAAUCGAACCGUCCCAAUCGCUGGAGUGGAUAUUGGAGAGCUCUUCUACGACAAGAAUGCUCCACGCUUCGACGAUAGUCUUCCUGGCAUCCUCACCAGAGGUUACAACGCGUUCCUUACAAGUCAUGCUCGAACACUGGUCGGACCCAACCAGAACGAUCUCACACAGUCUGGCCUCAACAGAUCUUUCGAAAAUCGCUCUGUUGCGCUUGACCCUGCCCAGCGACUGACCGUCAACGCCAUGUCUGGCUACUACCUAUCUGCUAGGCCAGGUGUGAAUAGCAUGUUCAUCAACAUCAAUCACGCUACCUCCCCAUUCUUCGCGAGCAUCACUGUGGCACAUUGCAUCAGACGAUCGAUCGAUCUUGGCAGGAGUGUCAAAGAAAUCAAGCAGAUUCUGAAAGGCGCCAAAGUCCGCAUCAGAUACGGUGCUGCCAUUUUCAAUUCUCAGAGACCAGCGACACGACACCGUUUCAUACACAGCGUGGGUCUACCGAUCAAAAGCCAGCCUCCUAGACGAACAUUCACUAGUGUCACCAAUGUUCACGCUUGGUACACAGUGCCACAUAACCACCCAUAUCGACGGCUCCCAGAAUUUCCCACCACUGCAGUCAACCUCGAUCCCGAUGAUUGGGCCAUCAACACUGGCAAGGAUCCCACUAAGCUUCCAGCCUUGGAAGAAUGGAUCCCCGCCAGUCAGCUCGAGAUUGAGCCAUGA